GGAAGAGUAUAAAGAAGGAGCUGCAAAAUUUAUGGGUAUGCCGGAUGCUGUGCUCUACUGCUCCCUUCAUGACCCAGUCACUCCCUGCCCCUCUGGCUACAACACUAACAAGGCUCACACGCUGCUGUCAAAUCCACACACUGCCUGCUGCCUGACACAGUUUCAUGCUGGAGCUCCUGGCACCUGCUCACAUACAUCAGUCCCAAGGGCUGUUUGGGUAUGGCCACAUUUGGUGGAAGGUCACUGAGUGAUGGAGGAUAACUCCUGCCAGACAGCUAUCAGUGUAUAUUCUUUGCUGCUGGGAUCCAGGCUGAGUCCUCUCUCUCUAGAGAGAAGGAAUUACCUGAAGCUUGUCCCACUGUUGUGCAGCUUUGAGGUGAGAGCAGCAAUCUAAACCUGGGUGUUGGGAGUUUGAUUCAGAGGUUUUUGUGUUUUUUAAACAAGCUGGUGAAGAUAUCUGUCACCUUGUUGUAAGGCCUUCUGCAGCUGGAUCUGUACUGACAAAUACUUAUAAAAGCUUUUUGAAAGCAGUGGGACAGAAAGCUCUGUGCCAGAAAGCCUAGCACUGGCUGGAUUUAAAUAUCACAGGAUAAUGCUCAGCACUCUAAGCUGCAUGGCUAUUUUAUUUAUCAAAGCAGCUUUUUUCCUCUCAAGAACAGAAUGAAGGUAACUAGAUGUGAUUACACUCUGCCCUUUGGCUCAGACAGCUCUGACUUUCCUCUGCCUGCCUUCACCAGCUGUUUCUUGAUAGUAAGAGGCAGCAGGUACUGUCUGAGCAUCAUGCUGCUGCAGAAAAACAUACAAACUGAAACUGUGUUUCAGUUAUUCUGUAGAUGCAAAUUUUGGAAAUCCUUUUGGAGUUGCUCUUUUUUUUUAGUUGGAAAUAUGCAAACAAUUUUAUUGCUUUGGAGGCUUCUAGUUUUAUUCAAAUUUGGUGAAAUUGGCUGAUAAGGCCAGAAGUAAUCAGGAUGGAUGGAUGGACAGCAGGCAUGCAGUAUACUUGUGCAGGCUUUGUGGGGACCAGACCAAAAAAAAAAAAAAGGGCUUCUGCUCAUAUUUUUUGCAUCUGCUGAUGAAAUUCAAUUUACAAAUUAGUAUACAUGAGAACUGCACUGCUUAAUCUGUCUGUCUGGCACAGGCUAGGAGAAUGUGUUUAUACCCUCAGGCCCCAAAAAGUGCCUGUAACACUCCAAGCUAUAUGCUGUUUCUGAUGGCUGAAAAUCCUUUCUCAUUUAAAAAGGCAUGAACAGAAUUGCAGAAUAAAAGAGCUGACUUCCAAAGGGCUCAAGCCCUUUACUUAACCUACUUGAAUACCCCUGUAAAGUUUUGGAGCAGCAGUUUCACAAGCCUAACAAUGAUACAAUCAAAGCAGUGGCCAAGUUGCAUUCACAGGUUAAUGACCGGUUCUGCAAAAUAGGCUAAAAUGUGAACAUUGUAUGAAUCUGAAUGUUUAGUGAAUUGAAUGGUAAUAUCUGCUAGGUAUUCAGGUAAGAUAAUCUCCUUGUCCACAUGCUUUUGUCUUGCUAUAAAUUCUUUUGACGGUAUCAUGGAGUAGCAACGGAAGAUGGGGUCCCAUGUGUGCUGGCACGAUGGGAAGCAUGUGAAGAGACAGGGAGGAUCGUGUGUGAAAUUCUAAUGAGCCGUUCCUUACAUCGACUUGGUUUGGACGGUCUCCCUGUGGGGAAGCUCAGGGCGCAUGGAGAUGACAGCUUCCAAGUUCAUGGACAUCCAGCGGGCCAUCCAGCCAGACUGGUUCCAGUGCAUCUCUGAUGGAGACACCAUUUCUGGGGAAGCUGGCAGAAAAAGAGCCGAGAAGUCUGUGGAUAGGUCACUUUCCUUCUUGGAUAUAUGCCUUGAGCUGCAAGAAAAAUCACCGGAACUACAAGGAAGUGUAAUGUUUGGGGCAAUUGAAGGUGGAGAUAUCUUGGAAGAGAGGCUCAGAUCAGCCAGGGAGACUGCCAAGCGGCCUGUGGGUGGCUUUCUGCUAGACGGCUUCCAGGGAAGUGCCAUGGCCAAGGAGACCAAGUUGAAACUGAUUGCUUCUGUCACAGCAGAGCUGCCAGAGGAUAAACCAAGAAUCAUUCAUGGUGUAGGCAAACCAGAUGAGGUGCUUGAGUGCAUUGAAAGGGGAGUGGACAUUUUUGAGAGCUUCUUUCCCUUCCAAGUGACAGAGCGAGGCUGUGCCUUGGUUUUCAGUUAUGACUGCCAUGCAGAUCCUGAAGCAGCAGCUGUUUUAACACAAAAUGAGAUCCAGGACCUGGAGAAGAAUGGUGCUCAAGAAGACCAGGAGGAAGUCUCCAAAGCUGACCCAGAAAUGACACCAUUUGAGAUACCUCUGAAGGAUAAAAAGUACCACGAUGAUUUUGGUCCUUUGCUGGAAGGGUGCAGCUGUUACUGCUGUCAGAGGCACACUCGUGCCUACGUCCAUCACCUCCUGGUGACCAACGAGCUGCUGGCCGGUGUCCUGCUCAUGAUGCACAACUUCCAGCACUACUUUGGUUUCUUCAGUGCCGUUCGGGAUGCCUUGAGGGACGGUAAACUGGACCAACUCAAGGAGCUGGUCUUCAGGCAGGCACUGCAAGGCCAGGCAGGUGCCACGCUGAGACAGUGAGCUCAGAGAGGAAGAAGGCUGCAGGCUGCAUCCGCAUCCAGUGGGACUGUAUCACCUGGACCUGUCAGCAGUAAAAUGCCUUUAAAAUGCCUUUUUUCUUUCCUGGAGGGACCUGAAGGAGACGUUUGAAGGAGAUCUCCCUUCCUGGUGGGAAAGGACGAUCUUGUUCAAAUGCCUCUUUUGGUUAAUUGGCUUGGUGCAUUCUUGGUGGCCGGAAGAGCCUGGACAGUUCACCAGUAAGACCAGUAUGGAUGAGUUUUUUUUCAGAUACUCACUGUUGGUUUCCCAUGUGCAAGGACAGAGUAAUUGAACUUGUGAUUGAGGAUAAAGCAGGGCAUAUACCUAAAAUUAAUCCAGCUGCCUGGAGACUCCAUAGCUGCUUGGGACUCUUGUUCUAUACCCAACAGUAAUUAUUUUUCUAGAAAAACCUAGUGGUGUCCUAGUCUCUCAUCAUAUAUUCCCUUAGUAAGAAAUCCCACCUCAGUCUUAACAUACUGUCCUUGUAGCCAUUGCCAGCAUCUGUGUCCUUGGAAAGAACUGACUGGAAGUGCUGCUGUGUCCAGUGGCACAAGGGACUGUGUGUGUGCUCCUCUCUCAGGCCACCCACAGUGCAGAAUGUUCUCUGUGCCUGGAAGAAGUCUGCCACCUCAGCCUGGUGUUGAACACCCCUGCCUCAGGCGUGCCAUUCAGUGACAUUAGAGCCAGAGAGAAAAGAAAGUGUUUAAUCCAUGUCCUGCUGUAGGGCUUUUUUUUUUUUAAACUCUGCCCUUUUUUCAGAUUUCACUCCCGUGUUAGCACAUGGGUGACAAUGUCUGUGUCAUUCUUUCCAGCCACUCUAGCACUGGUUGCAGAGCAGGCUACACAAACGUCACUGUGAGAUGGAGCUGUGGAAGGGAAGUGUCAUAGGAAAGGACUUCUCGAAAAAAUUCUGGUGGGUCCUUGUUUUAGAAUAUGUUACAUUCCUCUUAUUCAGUUGGGUUUUUUUACUGCCCCUUGCUGUGGAAUCAUGGAUUUAAUAGUUUUAUAUUUCAAAGCAACAAUAAAAUACAUUUAUCAUUUGUUA